CAGUGUGCAGUGUACGUGUGCAGUGCAGUGGAUGGUGGAUGUACAUGUAGCCAUAUUGUACUCAUGAUAAUGCGAUAUGCGUGAUAUACAACGUCUGACCUGCUGCCAAAAUCGUGGAGCUACGGAUUACAUUCAGUUUGAUUCGGUCGUCAAAGGCACAAAAAUAUGAUGCAGAUGGAGGGAGCUAUCUGAGCAAGUGAUAUAAAUAAUUCAGCAGGGAUCAUAUUUAUCUUUCAUUCUCAGUAUUCAGGGUGUAUACCGUACUGCCUACCUCUUCUCUGUUGAGAGAGCUAGAGAGAGUGAGACGCUGCACUGACGCUGAGCACUGCCGCAAAUGCCAACUACGGUAUGGAAUGAGUACAUUUUUGGCCUGAUCCCGAGGAUUGUAUUGUGUACGGGCCGGGCAGACUGCACUUGAAAUGUCGAAUGCAAAAUAAUCGAGGAAGUGCGGAAUCCUAGCAAGACGUCGUUAGCUAGCCAGCUUGCGUGUGGACUGUGGUGGACAAUUUUCUUGGACCUGGUGGACUUUGUCCAUUUUCAUAAUCUUACCUUAUCGAGCAGUUAAUAAACAGCUUUUCAACUCAAGUAUGGCUAAUUUGAACCAUCUUGUUCUUGGUCAUGGACUGUGUAAACUGUUCCUGUAUUUUGCUGUUGCAGUUAUCGUCAUUGACGGAGCGAGUGUGAAUCUGCCUCUAGGUAGCACCCACUGCCACCUGUACAGCAGCCAAGCUUGUGAAAAAGAUGGCACCAAGUGCGGCAAUACAACUGAAGAGUGCGACAACAAGGAAGCAGAGGUACCGUCCUGCUACGUCCUUUGGAAGAAUGAAACUUCCUUUGGUGGUGGUGUAGAGGUAAUGAUGCGAGGCUGUUGGCAGAACCAGGGUGAUUGUCUUGAUAUGGACUACUGUAUGAGUUCCAGUCCUGCUGACCAAAACCUUUUCUUCUGCUGUUGCAUCGGGAGCCUGUGCAACAUGAAUUUUUCAUUCCUCCCAACUCCAGAGCCUACUCCUACUGUUACACAAACAACAGUGACAGGACCCAAUAUAGAUCUGGAGAAGAAGAAGAAAAAUGAAAUGCUGACCAAAACCAUCCUGUAUUCCAUUGUGCCAAUCGUUGCCAUCACUCUGGUAAUCAUCAUGCUUUACUGGAUGUGCAGACGACACCGUUACCAUUCCCUGAUAGCCAUCCCAACCACAGAACCAACUCCAUCACCAAUGAACAGCCUACCUCCUAUCCAGCUUCUAGAGAUUAAAGCCAGGGGACGAUUUGGUGCUGUCUGGAAGGCAACCUGUCUCAAUGACAUUGUUGCUGUCAAGGUGUUUCCUAUACAGGAUCGCAACUCCUGGGCAAAUGAACGUGAGAUCUACAACCUCCCUCACAUGCGUCAUGAGAAUAUCCUCAACUUCAUAGCAACGGAAAAGCAUGGGGAGGGUUUAGAGGUGGAGUACUGGCUCAUCACAGAGUUCCACCAUCAUGGAUCUCUUUGUGACUACCUCAAAGCCAAUGUCAUCAGCUGGAAGGAGCUGUGUGGUAUUGCCCUCUCCAUGGCCAAGGGCCUGGCUUUCUUGCAUGAGGAUAUCCCAGCCACUACUGCUAUACCUUUUGUCAAGCAUUCAGUAGCUCACAGGGAUUUCAAGAGUAAGAAUGUGCUAUUGAAGAACAACACAACAGCCUGCAUUGCUGACUUUGGAUUGGCCUGUGUCUUUGAAGCCGGCAAAAAUCCAGGAGACACUCAUGGACAGGUUGGAACACGACGCUACAUGGCCCCAGAGGUACUAGAAGGAGCCAUCCAGUUCAAACGAGAUGCUUUCCUACGUAUUGACAUGUAUGCCUUUGGAUUGGUUCUUUGGGAACUUGUCACAAGAUGCACCAUACAAGACGGACCUGUUCCGGAGUAUAGAUUGCCCUUUGAAGAAGAGCUUGGGCAAGGCACAUCACUAGAGGACAUGCAAGAGUGGGUAGUGGUCAAGAGAAAGCGACCGGUCAUCAGUGACCAUUGGCUCAAGCACAGGGGUCUUGAGUUAUUAUGUGAGACGAUUGAGGAGUGCUGGGACCAAGAUGCUGAAGCUCGUCUCUCAGCUGGCUGUGUAGAGGAGCGAAUAGCACAGUUCAGUCACAGUCACAUGAAUGGCCACCAUCAUGUGACACCGUCACCUCUCAUCAUGCAGACGAUGCACAAUAGCACAAGCUUUGAGAACACUGGCAACACAGAGAGCACAGACAUUGCUUUAUACAGGAAUUCCCCAUCUCCGCCUCCCAAGGAGUCCAACUUAUAGGGGUUGCAGGCAUGUGGUUGCAGAUACUGUCGCUGUGUGUGUUAGAAGACACUGGGUUGAAUACCCAUUGAGUAAUCAUGCAGCGGGAGUGUUGUGUUGCCAUGUGAGAAUAAUCUGAGACAACUCAUAACUGAAUGCCAAGCGGAACAGAGCAGUUGUGUCUGUAAUUACAAAGCCAAGGACACAAGGAAAGUGUUUGGAAAAUAAAGAAGUGAUUGCCUGCUAAAUCUGGAAUGCUCUAGAAGUGCCCACCAGUCCAAGAUCACAGCCUAUGGUAAAGAAGUGAUUUGAGAUGGGUUUACAGUGUGUGAGUGACAUCAUCAGGCGAAACUUCUUUUGAAUGCCUUGGUAGUGAUGUGAAGCAACUAUGCGCCUUGCUUACAACUGAAUGGGCUGUCCUUUGAAAAUCAAAGGAAAAAAAAAACAAGAAAAAGUUCUGCGCCAAAGAGAUAUUUUUGGAUGACAGCUGGAGAGAAAGAAGGACAUAAACAUGACUCAUCACCUUUCUGGAAUGAACCGGAAGUGAUUUAUAUAAUAUGGACAUUUAUUGAUGCUUUCUAAAUGUUUGUAAAUAGUGCUCCCAAUGAGAGGACAUACAUGGUAAAGACAGUACAGGGCAGUCAUUGAAAUACUGUGCUUUGACAUCAAUAUGACUCACAUACUAAAAGGUUAUGUAGAGUCAGAUUGGAUAUUUGGUGUAUUCUGCAAGUGAGCUUUUUUUGUCUGCGGAACUGCUAUGUUAAUGUCUUUGCUGCAUGAAGAGUAUAAGUUGUUUUAUUUUAAAAACUUUUUAACCACCCUUUUAAUUGUACAUAUAUAUGUAAAUCUUUCUUUUGUUUUAACAGCAGUGUGAGACUUAUUUUUAUACAUACAUAGAUGAAGCAGUGAAUGGUGUAAGCAGUAAUUAGAAAACAAACAAGUGUAAAGUAAGUUUAUUUUGUUCCUCAGGAUUUUAGCAUCUGCCAGCUUUGAAGUCCAUAUAUGAAAUGGUAAGAAUAUCAUAUAGAUCAAAUUAAGGCCAAGAAAUGCAUGUAAAGUUGAAUGGGUUUCUAGUAUAUUAAAAAAAAUGCUGCAUAUAAAAACAAUUAUAAAUAUAAUGCGUGUUCAUUUAAUAGGGGAGCCUCCUGUUUGACAAGUUUUUAAAAUACUGUAUUACCUAAUGCUGCCAUAGUAAAGAAGAUACAUGAGACAGACAUUGCUGAUGAAUUGAAAAUAACCAACAACUUUUCCACUCCUUUGUCAUUGAAUGUCACAUGAAGCUCCUGUGACAUGGAAUAAGUUUGAAUGGAGAAGGGAGAUUAUAUUUUAUUGGAAUACCCACAAAAUUGAUUUUGAACUCAAUAAAAACCAGUGUAUGUAUGCCAAAUAAAACUGUUUAUUGUGAUGGGGUAUACAACAUAUUAGUAUUGAAUAUUGCCAUGAACAUACUAUCUAUAGAAUGGAUCAGAAUACAUAGUAAUUCCCCUGAAAAAAUCAUUGCCAUAGUAAAGCCAUUCUUGUUGCUUUAUACCAUGUGGGUUUUGUAUCUAUGUACUUCCUAUGCUGCCACCAAAUUGUUUACAAGAGUUGAGUCUAUUAUUUAGUUAGAUAUGUAGCAAUCGUCUUUCAACCGAAGAGAAUCAUUGUUCUUUUUUUAGUGCAGUGCAGGUCUACUGACCAUUGGCCAAACUUGUCUCACACUGCCCUAGUCAUGACAUCAUGUCCGAAUGACAAAGUAUUUCAUAAGACAUGAUUCCUGGACUUUAUGAGGGAUGGAGUCUGUUCUGGUGGGCAUUUAAAGAAGUCAAUGUGGAUAGUGUGUCUCAUUAUUUUGCUGAUGGAUGGGGAGGUGGGGCAGGGGGGGAGGCAAAGGGAUGACUGAUGACUGUUUUACUGAGAAUGCAUGAGUAGUAUUGGCAAACAUGGGACACAAAGACCACCCUAUUCCAUCCAAUCAAGACAUCUCUCAUCAAUGGCAGGAGUUACACAUUUGCUAUUUCAUAUUUUGUUUGUGUGUGAUUGUAAGUCUUAGCAAGACCAAAAUGAUACAAACCAACACAUCUGUAAUGUUUUGGUAGCAAUAGAAGCUCAAAGUAUGCAUGUAUUGUAUACACCUUGUCUAUCUUGUAUCAUGUUCUUUCUAAUGUAGUAUUAUCAUGUAUUGUGUCUCACAGCAGUAAACCUAGUCAAUGAAACUGCCGUUUUAGAGUUAUAUAUAUAUUAUCAGUUCAUCCAGCAGAUCAGAUAUUUGUAUAUUUGUUUUAAUAAUUAGUAUGGCAUUCAAUACUUUCUGACUUUUUAAAUUCAUUUCAGUAGUGCUUUUGGCCGCCAUAUAUGCUUCUCAGGAUUGGGGUCCUGUUUCAUGAAACUUGUUAAGGAUAACAACCCUAGAAUUCUUCAACUUGUAAUGGCAGGAUUUCAGAUGCUUAUGAAUGUGACUUGUACCUUUCCAUUGAUAACAAGUUCAUGAAACAGGGCCUAUGUGGAUGCUAGAAGGUUGAUAGUUACUGCCUUUCUAGCUCUCCAAACAUAGUAUCUUAUAUUCUACAACAUUAAUCCAUUAAGUUAACUACCUUGGCAGUAUUAUGAGUAAAACAUAGACAUAUGAAGUAUGAAAAUAACCCUUGUGCAAGGAGGAAUUUUAAAUGGCAAAAACUCUGAUCACUCAUGAGCAGUAUCCUCAAAACAUGGCUUCAAUGUAAAUUUAUCAUUAAUAUGGAAUUGUGCACAACAAAGACGUUGAAGCUUAUUCACUCACCUGUAAACAGUGUAUUCACUUUUAAAAGCAUUAAGAACUUUUUGAGGAAUUGUUAUAACUAAAUUACAAAUUAUUUGUAAAUAAGCACUUUGAGGCUUUAAAAAUUUCAAUUAGAUGAUCAAUGAAGCCUUAUUUAAUUAAAAUAUCUGAAUGAAUAUAUGUUAACUUGUUCUGCUACCCAGAAACAUCCUUUCUCUCCCCCUCUUCUCUCUCUCUCUAUUGCUCUUUGUAAUCAUUCUCUAUCAAACUUUCAUCUUCUCUGCCCCCACAUGUACUUCUUGAAGCCAUGACUGAAAUUGAAUUUCUAGAAAUAAAAAGACAAGUCACCUUUUCUUCCUUUCAAUUCUCUGUUCAUUUGCAACAGCACUCCAGUGCUUUUUCCACUUAUUGAAAAACAAAUGUUAUAUUAUAAUGAAGGCUGAAUAUAAACCUAAUUGUUACCAUCAACUCCUUUUCACAGUCUCCAAUUCUGACAGAGAAUAGAGGGGGGGGGGGGGGGGGGCAGUGAUCAAAAGGAGUUGAAAAAUAUUUCUUAAAUGAAUCUCUUCUACAUGUAUAAUUUGUAUAUGUCAAUCAGUGAAUUUUCCAUACAGGAUUGUCUACAUGUAAUUAUGUUGUAGUUCAUGUAUCAAGAAUUUUAUGUUAGGGACUCCUGCUGUUUUUAUGCAGUCUGUGACAAUACCCAUUUUGUAUUAUAUUUCAUAAGUCAUGCAAUAUUGCCUUUCAAAUUCAAUAAUGGCAUAGUCGUAAUUUUUGUCUUGUGUUCAAGAAUCAAUUUAUGACGUGAAAUAAACGUAUUGUCACAAGCAUUUAUUUUGAGGAUGACAAUUUAUCCUGACCAGCCAGUCAAUGUCAGCUCAGGACACCAAUAUUAUAAAGACUUCAAAUAUCAUGGGACCAUAACUUUAAUAUUUCCCACGAUCUUUGUUCUUUUUCCUACCUCAUAUUGACAUGUCAAUAAUUUGCAUUAAGUAUCGAUAAGUAGAGGCAAAGACCAAUGAAUUUGAUGCUGACAGUCCUACGCACACAUUUCACAUUAUGUUAUGCAGCAUACACUUAUUUUAUUGUUAACCACACCUUGCUUUAUGUGUUAAAAUGCCAAGCUAAGUGUGAAAAUUGUAAAGUUUUGUUGGGGAAAAUAAUGUUGAUUAUGAGGAAGUAUGUUGAUGUGGUUAAGGUCAUUAAAAUGAGACAAACGUUAACUGCAAACUGCAUUCAUUGAUGGCAGGUGCAUAUUUUCGCUCAAUUUCUUUAAUCUGGCUGCACACUGUAAUAUGUUGAGAUAAGGGAGGUUAUCAACCUCAAAUUAGGUGUUUAUAAAAUUGGGAUUGGGUGGCAAGGUAGCUUGAAAGUGCAAGUUCAUGGGUUUAUUUUUUUCAGACAAAGAACAUGGAUCAAAUUGAAUAAGGUUUUAUAUUUUUGGUCACAUUUAAAAUCUUUAAUAGCAUUUCAUGCUUGCAUCUUUAUGUAUCUGGUAACCUUGAUCACAAGCUAUAUGUACACCAGAGAGUCUCUCUGACGAGUGUUUCAUUAAGUAAUUGGUCAGUGAUUGUCACUCACAAAUUUGCUCUCAGUCAGAUGUAAGUAGCUCCAAACAGUUGUAGACAUUAACUGAAAAAUCACAUCAUGACACACUGUCCUAGCCUUCUUGUCAAACAAUGUUUUAAUGUAUUCACUUUCUCUUCGACAUGUCCCUAUAUGUUAAUGUUAUACAGGAUCAUGUGCCAAUAGAAGGGUCAAUGUACAGGGUAGAUAGUUAUCAUCAAUUAAGUUAUAUCUCUUUUUUUUUGGUAGUUCAAGCUAAAUGAUUGUGAAAAGCAAGAUCUAUAUGUUUCUCCUUUUUAUUUUUUGUAGUAAAUAUCAUUGAGGAGGUUCCUUUGAACAAAAAUGACAUCAUUAUUCUGUAUAUUGUGAGUUAAACCACACCAUUUUCAUUGAUAAACAGGUGGGGUGGUAAUCAGAUGUACAGUGUUGGACUGGGGUUUAAUAUCGAACUUAGAAUCAGGAAAACUUUGACCAAGAAUAUAUUUGCAGGGUUAGAAUAAUGUUCAAUAAGGCUUGAAAAUUUGUAUUUGGACCCAAAUUCUUCUAGUUAACCAUUAUAACAAUAGAUUGUUGGUGCAAAAUAUUGUGCAGAGAUGUAUUUCAGUGUCAUAUCAAAUCAAGCAUUUACAUGUAUUAAAAUAAGAUACUCAUAUAAUUAUAUUAUCAUAUGUACAUCUCAUGUUGAAUACUUGUUUAUACUGCUUACUUGCUGAUUAAGGCUCAGAAGAUAAUUUGCUUCAGAUUGAUUAGGCAUAAGUAGUGUUAUAAAUUUGCAGUUAAACCAACACUCAAACUCUUGAAUUUUGAAUACCAAGUAAGCUGUCUUGGUCUAUGCAUAUAAGACAAAUUCUCAUGUUUAGUUACUGGAGAUUAAAUGCCAGCCUAGGAGGUAUGGAAUUUAUAGAUUUCUCUGCAUGCUUGAGACAAGGAAAGUAGUUAUUUAUGAUAUUAAAACAUACAGUGUAAUAUAUCAUGGCACAAUUAAUUUAAUCUGCAUAUUUAUUCCUGAUAUUUAUUGUCAUGAUAUGAAAGCACAUGUGCGUUUUAGACGUCUGCUUGCCUUAUGCCAGCUAAGAAUAUGAAUGUUCUUAUGACCCCUAUUGGCAUGAUAUCAUGUCUAUUUUAUUUAGAUUAUCUAAAAUAUUCAGCAUGCACUGCUCAUAUAGCUCAUAUGUGUUUAGGAAAUCAUCCUGUAGAUUAUGUUGCCAAUAUGAUUUUGGCAUCUGACUAGUGUGUGUUUGUGUAAAUACUUCAUUUAAUUAUAAUUUUUGCUUACUAGCUUGUAAGUGUAUGUAAGAAAUUGUGUAAAGACAGACAUGAAGAAAAUAAAUCAAAUAAUGAAGCAUCAAAUACUACCUCAAGAGAAUGCACUUUUUUGGCAGGUUACACCACAGGAAGAUGCCAUAGUGCUUAUUACACUAAUAGAUGGUGAUUGUGUCUGAAUGAAUUACAGUAUACUGUAUGCUUUAUAUCCGUCUUAUUAGAACUGCCUGUUUGCAGAGAUGCAAAGCUUUAAUGUUUAGCACAAGAGGCAUGCAUCAAUACAUACUACUGAAUUUGCUCCUAUCAAUAUUUGUUUGAUUUUAAUCUCAUCAUGCUACCCUUUGUGAAUUGGAAUUUUUCCUUUGCAUUAUAAUGUGUGUUUCAUAAACAUCUAUUUAAAAUGCGUUUGGUGCUCUGGAUAAAUGAUAUGUUUAAGAAUGGUAUGAAAAUUUUGAAUCCUUGACUCUCUGGCCUUAGGAAAGUGGUUAAUUUGUGGUAUUUUGCAACUUCCCGCUUCCAAAAACAGAAAAUGUAAUGGAAACCUUCCCUCAAAGUGUGGUUCCGAUAUCCAUUUCAUGUGCAUAUCUUUGCCAGGGAUGUUCCCAGAAUAAACACUAUAGCCAUGAUCAGGGCCAAUUUCAUUUUUUCGUCCCAAUGGGCUUGUUGAACUUAACAUGGUAUUCUGGAAUGAGGAUGACCCUGAAAGUUUUACAAGAAGAGUAUAUUAUUAUCAACGAUUGUAAAGGGCAGUAACACAUGUUCUUUGAGUAUCUUAAGCAAGGGGAGUAAGAGAUGGAUCCCUACUGACUUUACAAUUAUAUGGUAUAUCAAUAUGAUGCACUUGGCAUAACCUGGCUGACCACCUAUCUAUAGUGACUUUGAUUCCCUGUGAUUUCAUUUUUCAUUGAAUCAUGUACUAUAGGAACCCAUCGUAAAGACAUACUCGAGUAGGUGAGUAAAAAUGUCAAACAAAUGUCUUUAAAAAGCAAGGUGUAAUGUUAUUUCAUGAUAGAAUUGGGUUAUUUUUAUACAGGUAACAAAAGUUGCCUUAGUCAUUUAUUGGGAGAGAAAUCUACUUGACUUUGUAGGAAUUUAGGUUAAAACAGGAGGUAAAUGACUCAUGUUUUGCAUUAUCUUGUUAAAAAACUGCUUUGACGUGGGUGAAUGCAAGUUACCUUAGACUCUGAUAGCACAGUAGCUAAGGAAUCGACUUAGACUGUUAGAUUCUCUUAAAUGUUAUUAGAUUAUACACCAUCAGUAGUCUACUUUUAUUUAAAAAAAAAUCUUUAUUAUUCUUUGAUUUAUGAAUUCUAAGGACACUUGGUGAAAAUGAUAGCGAGUUAUACCAUUGUUAUCUUGUUAUUGUACUUUCAUUUUUUUUUCUGAAGACAUAUAACAGAUUAUUUCCUGAAUAAUAUGAACCUCGUGAAUAUGAAAAGAAUGUUGACAAAUGAAAGGACUUUUAGAGCUACAUGGUUUCAGGAAAAUUAUUUUUUUAAAUACAAAUAACUCAAGUUUGACAGCAUUGUUAGAGGAAUUGAAGAUUAUAUCAUUAAAUAGUGAAUUCAAGAAAAUAACAGAACCUUCUUAUUUUGCAUGGCUUUGGUUCAGAUUUCUGCUUCUGAGAUCAUGUAUUAUUUCCACAUGUAUUGUAUCAGUCAGUCAUGCAGACUGAUUUUGAUUUUAUCUUCAUUGUAAUUGUUGCCAUAAAACUGUUAUAGAGCUUUCAUGAUAUUGAUUGAAUUUAAAUGUUGUGAUGUCUGAGUUAUGUUUUUUUUUUCAGAGAACCCAGCCAUAUAAGUAUACGCACAUACUGCAGAGGCUUAUGACCAAAUGUUAAUAUUUCACAAUGAUGUGCUCAAUUUUAAGAGCUCUUUACAUUGUAAUUGUUCAGUUUUUCAUAGUCAUUAAUCUGUGUUGACCUUUAUUCAAAACUGGCUUUCAGGCUGCUACACAUACUUAAUUGGUAUUACCUUAAUUGGUCAGUGAAAAUUCUGCCUUUUCUGUAUACUGUAAAUUGUCAACAAUUACCCUUCCUCUGCCAGUGAUUGUAUUGUUAUCAUUGAUGUUAAAUCUUAGAAUCACAAAGCUGUUGCGACAAUAAGACUGUUGUCAAGACUACCUCAGGAAAAAUUGACAGAAUAAAUAUGGGAAAUAAUGAGUGAGGUUUACACCUGCUGAAGCACGCUCCUAUUGACAUGAAUGUAAUGCGUAUCUGUAUAUGUUCUAACAACACGAGGGGUAUUUGUAUAGAUCGAUAUGAAAUAUCAUGCACUUUUGAUAAAAUAUUUGAUCAUCAAUUUAAAGCUUUGGACCUUUCAAUGUUCCUUGUUUUAUGGGAAUAUUUUUAAUAUACAGCUCUAUAGCAAGACAGUGUAUAUUUAGAUUUAGUAUUAUGAUUUGUUUUUCUCUCAAAGAUUAUCUGUCUAUGUGAUUGAUUUGUACCUCAAAAAUACAACUUCCUGUCAUUUUUAUGAUAGGAUUAGUUUAGUUUGUAUUAUAGAUGAGUAUAGGAUGCUAUAUGUU